AUGACGUCAGCAGACUCCCCGACUCAGUGGGUUGCGGGGGACCAGCCCAGCUCGGACAUCCUGGAGCGUCUGUUGAGGAGAAGACAGACGAAGCAGGAGGACGCUCUGAGACGGCUGACCGAGACGCUGAAGGACGUCUCCGAGGACUGUCAGGCGGCUGUGAGGACCGCGGCGCAGCAGCUGCUGGCCUCCCUGCAGGACGCCGACCACAGGUUGGACAACCUGAAGCUCAAGCUGGAAGACGUGGAGCGUCUGAGUCUGCAGGAGGUGUGUGUGUUGUGGCAGCAGGUGGACGAGGAGCUGACGCUGAAGAAGACGAGGGUCUCGGACUUUGGAGCCGAGCUGAGGCGCUGUGAGGACAGGAGGACGGAGCAGAUCCGGGCGGCUCUGCGCUGCUGCUGCCCCCUGCUGGAGAACAUCGGCCUGCUGAGACCAGAGGACGUCCACAGACUACUGCACAGCAGGGCCAUGAUGCUGAACCAGGCCCUGCUGGCGGGCCGCCGCGGCGCCGCCCGGCUGCUGCUGGUCCUGCAGGAGGAGACGCUGCAGCAGGAGUCCGUCCUCCGGCGCCGCUGGGAGAACCAACAGAACCUCUGGAGGAGGAUCCGGGUCCAGGAGGUGGUCCAGCGGUUCAGGUGGGACGAGGACCGGGUCAAAGGUCAAAGCCAGAUGGGUCACAGAACCCAGAACCAGAACAGGCUGGAGAUCCAGGACUUCGACCCAAACACUAGACCUGGGACGAGUCUCUGCAGCACCAGUCUGGAUCCUGAUCCUGAUCCUGAUCCUGAUCCGGAUCAGGAUCUGCAGCUGGUCUCCGCUCUGAGAGAUCUGGCAGAAAGACGUCGUCACAUCAUCUGUCAGAUCAGUUCCUUGGUCCCGCCCACCUGCUCCAUUUCCCUGGUCUCUGAUUGGUUCAACGAGCUGUCAGCUGUCAAUCAACAGAUCGAUGGUUGUCAUGCCGACCUCCUCCACCGGAGGCGCUGUGGCUUGGACCGUGUGUUCCAGGACCGCCUGGCUCAGGUGGAGCGCUGUAAGGAGGCGCUCUUCGCCCUGCAGCUGCCGGAGGCGGAGGUGAACGAGGUCCUGGGCUCCCAGAUCCUCCCCCUGAUUGGUCGACAGCAGAGAGACGACGAGGACCGAUUGGCUGCAGUGGAGGUGCGCAGUGACCACGCCUCCCGCCAGGCCCUCCGGGCCAGCAGGGCGGCGCUGCAGGUGCUGCGAGCGGCGGCGUUGCUAUGGGAGACGCACUGCCGCAGGUUAGACAGCAGAGAAGAAGAGCUGCAGAGACACCUGGAGGACGUGAGACGCUCCCACCAGCCGGACAUCCAGAGGAAGAAGGCGCUGAUGGAGGAGCUGCUGGCGGCGCUGCGGCAGGAGAGCAGCGAGGACGCUGCAAGGACGUCUCUGGACAGAACUGUCCUCCAGCUGCAGGACGUCAAAGACAGCAUCGCCCAGUGUGUGUCCUCUCAGUGGGACGUGUUGGACUCUCUCCCGUCUGUCCUCCUGGACGACCUCGUCUCCUACAGCCGCAGCCUCAGCUCCUUCUUCAGCCUGAGCCCCGCCUACCAGCCGAGUCCAGAAGAGUCGCAGAAGCUCCGCCCCCGGAUCAGAAGCCCCUCCCACUGGGACCCGGGUCAGUCUGCCCUCAGAGCGCUGCUGGCUCCAGUCCAGCUGACUCGGGCCGGCCUCCUGGACCACCUGGAGCGGCGCUUUGUUGACGUCCUGAGCGGGGCCGUUGCCAUGGCGACGGAGAGGAAGGAGGCGGUCCGGUCCGAGCAGGAGGUCCGACUGCAGCACCUGGAACCAGAACAGCUCCAGAACCUCGUGUUCCAGAACCGCCUGGCGGAGCUGCAGCGCCACAGGCAGCAGGUGGACGUCCACUGUCAGGACAUGUUGGACGUCCGGACGUCCUGCAGGACGCGGCUGCAGCAGCUGCAGAGCUCCACCAGCAGGAGGGACCAGGACUUCCUCAGCUGGCUGUCCCUCAUGGAGACCCAGGUCCAGACCCAGACCCGGGUCCAGACCCAGACCCAGACCCGGGUCCAGGUCCAGGUCCAGGUCCAGGUCCAGAACCAGACUGCCUACAGCAGCCAGUGCCUGCAGGCUCUCAGCUCCUCCCUGCAGGACCGUCUCGGUGGACACAUCAGGGACACUAAGCGCUGUGUCAGCAGCUUCAGACGGUCUCUGUCCAUGAGUCUGGAUCAGGUCCGGACCGGGACGGCCCAGCUGCUCGCCUCCUUCAGGCUCUUCAGUGAGGGGGGAGACUUCAGUCCUCAGGAGCUGAAGACGCUCCAGAGGAGACUACAGGAGGACGGACGACAGAUGGACGUGGACGAGGAGUCCAUGUCCUCCGAGCUGGACGCCUUUGAGUCCACCUCUCUACAGCAGGUGACGGAGGCGGCGUCUCGUCUGGGGGACAAACUGUCCGUCCUGCAGCUGAAGACAACCUUCACAGAGAAGAUCCAGAGAACGCUGAGCAGCACGGGAGUGGACGUCCAGGCCGAGCUGGUUCCAGACCAGGUUCUCCAGCUGCUGUCGUCCCUCAACGAGGACCUGAGGACCCGCUGUCAGUACCUGGACCUGGACGUCCAUCAUUGUCCUCCCGUGUCCUCCCGGUGUCCUCCCGGUCUUGUCCCGGUGUCGUCCUGGUGUCCUCCCAGUGGCCAGCAGGAGAGCCUGGUCCUGCAGGACCCCGGACCGUCCAGGGUUCCGGGUCCUGCGUCGGUUCCUGCCGGUCUCCUGCAGGCCAGCCGGAGAGGCCUGGACCUCCUGCAGGACCCUGUGGCGGGUCUGAUCCAGUCCCUCAGCAGGUCCUUCAGCAGCGUCCUGAGCGCCGUGCUGCGGAACGCCAGCGCCGCCCUGCUGGAGGCCGUCCAGUCUCAGGAGUUUUCUGUCCUCAGCCGCUUCCAGCCACUCCCUGAUCCUCUGGACCAAUGGGAUCACAGCAUGAAGCAAAGGCUGCUGGGAUACCAGGAAGAGGCCAGCAGGUUCCUGAGCACCAGCAGAGAGGAGGUUCUGAGGCAGCUGUCGGACCUGGACCAGCUGCUCCACACCGUCCCACAAAUCCUAAUCCAGAACCACGAGGACCAGCAGAGGGCGGGGCUGAAGGAGGAAGUGGGCGGAGUCAGACGGACGCUGGCGGAGACUCUGAGGGCCAGUGAGACGGAGAAGGACCGGACUGUGGACGGCCUGCGGGCGUCCCUCAGAGAGGAGGACCUGGACAUCCUGGACAGCAGAGAGACGCUGAGACAGCAGCGGCUGCACGACGCCACCUGCAGGGCACACCUGGAUCUACAGGAGUGUGUGCGGCGGCGGGGGGAGGAGUUUGUGACAUCACUCAGCGCUCUGACAGAGAAGCUCCUCCUCCUGCUGGAAGAUGUCAGCGUUACCAUGGAGACCAGGGCAGAGCCAUCUGAAGUUACCACGGCAACCGUCGGCACAUCUCAGCGCACACAGAGACGUCUGACUGUCAACGCACAACGAGACGCUGCUGUGGAGAGGUUCCAGCAGCUGAUCCUGUCGGAGUUGUCACAGUCAGACGACGACAAGCGAAGACAACUGAGCCAACAACACAACUGGAACACACACUGGAGAGAAGAAAUACACACUCUGAGACACACACUACAGUGA